AUUCCGAUCGGGCAACCGCCUCCAACAUUCCGCCACCGGCACUCUAUCCGCCAACUACCGCCUCCUCGCACAAUGCCUGAGUGAGACAGAGACAGACAUACCGGCGAAAGGGAGUGUGAAAUAGAGGGAGGGAGAGAGACGGACGCAUAGGGAGCAGAGGAAUCUAGAGAACCGUUCCACCGUGAUCGCACUAUUUUUGACUGAAAACUUUCCUGAAGAGCAACAAUAACUUUACCAGUGCUUACUGUUGUGAUGUCAGUGUCUAGAUAUGGAGAAAGAAUGUGCUGCGGAUGGCUUGCCCUCUCUAAAACCAACUAACUUUAUUCAAGUUUAUUAUGGAUCCAAGCCUUUACUGUCCCGGGUUGCAGUAUGAACUUCAAGAGCAGGCCAACAACCGCCUGUUCUCUGUGCAACCGGCGUACGCGGGGUGCGCAUGGCAAGGGCCUCUUAGCGCGACAGCCACCGCGAUGAGCACUGUGGGGGCGGGCGUGACGAGCCCGGGACAAACGGGGGCCCGAACGCCGACAGCCCCCAAGCGGCCCGUCCGCCGCGUGGGCAAACCGCCCCCCGACCGGCCGCAACGUGCCCUCUUUUUCUUAUACCUCAAGAACCCCGUUAGGAAACUAUGCAUUGAUGUCGUCGAGUGGAAACCCUUCGAGUACUUGAUCUUACUGACGAUUUUCGCAAACUGUGUUGCCUUAGCCGUCUACACGCCAUUUCCCGGUGGUGACUCAAAUGCUACGAACACAAUACUGGAAAAAAUUGAAUACGUAUUUUUAGUAAUAUUCACGGUAGAAUGCGUGAUGAAGAUUAUUGCGUAUGGUUUUAUGAUGCAUCCUGGUGCUUACUUGAGGAAUGGAUGGAACUUGUUAGAUUUUACAAUUGUAGUUAUAGGAAUGAUCAGCACAGUGUUACAACAUCUCAUAAAGGACAGCUUCGAUGUGAAAGCUCUGCGAGCUUUCAGAGUCCUUCGACCUUUAAGACUCGUUUCAGGUGUUCCCAGUCUACAAGUCGUACUCAACUCGAUUCUUCGUGCCAUGGUGCCUUUAUUACACAUUGCUCUUUUAGUAUUGUUUGUCAUUAUUAUUUACGCCAUUAUUGGGUUAGAAUUAUUCUCAGGAAAAAUGCAUAAAACUUGUUAUAACAAUAUAACAAGUAAGUUGAAAUCGAUGCGUUCGGUGAGGGCAUGUAAUGAUGGAUUGAUUUUAGAUGAAAUUAUGGAUGAACCCCAUCCUUGCGGCGACACGGGUUUCAAUUGCUCGGAAAUCAAUCCGGAUAUGGUUUGCAAGGAUGGUUGGGAGGGGCCAAAUUUUGGAAUUACUAACUUUGAUAACUUUGGAUUAUCUAUGUUGACCGUUUUUCAAUGUAUUACUCUAGAAGGCUGGACCGAUGUGCUUUACAACAUUCAAGACGCGCUGGGUAGAACUUGGCAAUGGUCAUAUUUCGUUUCCAUGGUGAUAUUCGGGGCAUUUUUUGUCAUGAACCUGAUUCUCGGUGUAUUGAGCGGAGAAUUCUCCAAGGAAAGAGAAAAGGCUAAGGCCCGUGGUGAUUUCCAUAAGUUGCGCGAGAAGCAACAGAUCGAGGAAGAUUUACGCGGUUACCUCGAUUGGAUUACCCAGGCAGAAGACAUAGAGCCCGAGGGCGAGGACCAAAUCACCCAGGACACCAAGGUGAAGGUUAUCAACGAGAAGGAUUCGACCGAUCAAUUAGGUGAGGAGGACGAAAUACCGCAGGAAUCGUGGUUCAGCAAGAAAAAGAAGGAUUUCGAUCGGAUAAACAGGCGAAUACGACGGUCCUGCCGCAAGGCAGUCAAGUCACAGGGUUUUUACUGGCUCAUUAUAGUUCUCGUUUUCCUGAAUACUGUUGUAUUGGCGACUGAACAUUACGAGCAACCCUAUUGGUUAGACGAUUUUCAAGAAUAUACAAACAUGUUUUUUAUCGCACUUUUUACAUUGGAGAUGUUAUUGAAGAUGUACAGCUUAGGUUUUCAAGGUUAUUUCGUUUCAUUGUUUAAUCGAUUCGAUUGUUUCGUUGUAAUUGGAAGCAUCACCGAGACCGUUCUUACUAGGUCCCAAAUAAUGCCACCUCUAGGUGUAUCUGUUUUGCGCUGCGUUCGUUUGCUGAGAGUUUUCAAAGUUACCAAAUACUGGAGAUCUCUCUCAAAUUUGGUCGCAUCUUUAUUGAAUUCUAUCCAAUCGAUCGCAUCUCUUUUGCUGCUUCUUUUUCUGUUCAUAGUGAUAUUCGCAUUGCUGGGCAUGCAAGUGUUCGGUGGUCGCUUCAAUUUUAAUAGCACACAAAACAAACCGAGGUCCAAUUUUGAUAGUUUCUGGCAGAGUUUGCUCACCGUGUUCCAAAUAUUGACCGGCGAGGAUUGGAACGUAGUCAUGUACGAUGGUAUUUUGGCUUACGGUGGUGUAGCCUCCUUCGGUAUAUUGGCUUGCAUAUACUUUAUAAUCCUCUUCAUCUGUGGUAACUAUAUUUUGCUAAACGUUUUCUUGGCUAUCGCCGUCGACAAUUUAGCCGAUGCUGAGUCUUUGACUGCAAUCGAGAAGGAAGAGGAGGAAGCCGAAGCAGAAAAACAGAACAAAUCCAAAAGUCCGACGCCCGUGCAAGAUGAAGAUAUGGAGGAGCAUAGCGUUGAAGAGGAGGAACCAGAGGACGCGCAAUACGAUACGGAAAGAUCUGAUCACGAUGAUGAGGAACUGGAAGAGGAGGAGGAGGAAGAAGAGGAGGAGGAAGAAACGGAGUCACACACAAAGAUCAGUUUGAACAACGGGAUCAACGAUUCUGAAGAGCAAAUAAACAACGAUCCAGAUAUGGACGAUGCCGAUAUUGGUGAUGUCGGAGCUCGGCCGCGGCGGUUGUCUGAAUUAAAAAGUAGCUCCAAGAAAGUGCCGAUUCCUCCGGCGUCGUCCUUCUUCAUUUUCUCCCCCACAAACAGGUUUCGCGUGUUCUGCCAUUGGCUAUGCAAUCAUAGCGUAUUUGGUAACAUCAUCCUGGUUUGCAUUAUGAUCUCCUCCGCUCUGUUGGCCAUGGAGGAUCCAAUAGAAUCAAAAUCUCGUAUGAAUCAGAUGUUGGUUUGGUGCGAUUACUUUUUCACGACCAUAUUCUCUACGGAACUACUACUCAAGACUAUAUCUGACGGUGUCUUUCUACAUGAUGGUGCCUUUUUACGGUCGGCCUUCAACGUUCUGGAUUUGGUAGUCGUUUGCGUCUCUCUCAUUUCUAUAUUCAAUCAAGGAGGAGCGAUGUCGGUGGUGAAAAUCCUGAGGGUGCUGCGUGUGUUGCGUCCAUUGCGUGCGAUCAACAGGGCGAAAGGACUGAAGCAUGUAGUCCAGUGUGUGAUAGUCGCGGUUAAGACCAUCGGCAACAUAGUGCUGGUUACCUGCCUCCUACAGUUCAUGUUCGCGGUAAUUGGAGUCCAAUUAUUUAAGGGAAAAUUCUCGAAAUGCACUGAUGGCUCAAAGCUAACGGAGGAGGAUUGCAAGGGGACGUACAUAGUCUACGAGGACGGCGAGAUCGGCAAUCCCGAGAUGAAGGAUCGCAUAUGGGAAAACAACCGGUUCCACUUCGAUAACGUGGCCAAGGCCAUGCUGACCCUCUUCACGGUCUCCACCUUCGAGGGUUGGCCGGGUCUUCUCUACGUCUCUAUAGACUCAAACGAGGAAAACAAAGGACCAAUUCACAACUUCCGCCCCAUUGUAGCCGCCUACUACAUCAUAUACAUCAUCAUCAUUGCCUUCUUCAUGGUGAACAUUUUCGUCGGUUUCGUUAUCGUUACAUUCCAAAAUGAAGGCGAACAGGAAUAUAAGAACUGCGAGCUCGACAAGAACCAGCGGAACUGUAUAGAAUUCGCACUAAAAGCGAAGCCUGUCCGACGUUACAUUCCGAAGCAUCGGAUCCAGUAUAAAGUCUGGUGGUUUGUAACGUCAAGGCCCUUUGAGUAUACGAUAUUCAUACUGAUUCUCAUCAAUACCAUCACGUUGGCAAUGAAAUUCUACAAUCAACCGGAGCCCUAUUCGGUGGCUCUCGACAUCCUCAACAUGAUAUUCACUGCUCUGUUUGCGCUGGAGUUUGUGUUCAAAUUAGCCGCCUUUCGGUUUAAGAACUACUUCGGAGAUGCUUGGAACGUGUUCGAUUUCGUCAUAGUACUUGGCAGUUUCAUCGACAUUGUAUACUCCGAAGUUAAUCCCGGCUUACCUUCGACUCUGAUUUCCAUCAACUUCUUCCGGCUCUUCCGCGUGAUGCGUCUUGUGAAGCUUCUCAGCAGAGGCGAGGGCAUCAGGACACUACUAUGGACCUUCAUAAAGUCGUUCCAAGCUUUACCCUAUGUAGCGCUGUUAAUCGUGAUGCUCUUCUUCAUCUACGCCGUGAUUGGAAUGCAGAUGUUCGGUAAAAUAGAAAGCAUCAAUUCGAAUAGUUCGAUAACGAGGAACAACAAUUUCGCUUCGUUUCCGCAAGCGGUUCUGGUGUUGUUCCGGUCCGCAACGGGCGAGUCCUGGCAGGAAAUUAUGCUGGAUUGCGCCGCGACCGCAGAAGUGCAGUGCGAUUCAAGGAUAGCCAACAGACAGAGCGAGAACUGCGGUUCCGACAUCGCAUAUCCCUACUUUAUAUCCUUCUAUAUUUUAUGCUCAUUUCUGAUCAUUAACCUUUUCGUAGCUGUCAUUAUGGAUAAUUUCGAUUAUUUAACACGAGACUGGUCCAUCUUGGGACCUCAUCACUUAGAUGAAUUCAUUAGGUUAUGGAGUGAAUACGAUCCGGAUGCCAAGGGCAGGAUCAAACAUUUGGACGUCGUCACCCUUUUGAGGAAGAUUUCCCCGCCGCUGGGCUUCGGCAAGCUCUGUCCGCAUCGUGUCGCCUGCAAGAGGUUGGUAUCGAUGAAUAUGCCCUUGAACAGCGACGGGACUGUACUCUUCAACGCGACCCUCUUCGCGGUGGUUCGCACCUCUUUGCGUAUCAAAACCGAGGGCAACAUCGACGACGCGAACGCGGAACUACGUGCCGUGAUUAAGAAAAUCUGGAAACGUACAAGUCCCAAGCUUCUGGACCAGGUGGUCCCGCCACCGGGUGUUGACGACGAAGUGACGGUCGGUAAAUUCUACGCGACGUUCCUUAUCCAGGACUACUUUAGGCGUUUCAAGAAACGCAAGGAGCAGGAGAUGAAGGAAGGUGACAAGGACGCACACAACACCGUCACUCUGCAAGCAGGAUUGCGCACCCUCCACGAGGCUGGACCGGAAUUGAAGAGGGCCAUCUCCGGGAACCUUGAUGAACUGAUUGAUGAUAAUCCUGAACCAAUGCACAGGAGGAAUCACACAUUAUUCGGUAGCGUUUGGUCUUCUAUGCGUCGGACGCAUAGCUUCAAUCGGGCUAAAUCGUUGAAGGUGAAUUCGACCCAGAUUAAGAUCACACCUGCUUCCAGUAUUGAUUACCUUCAAUGCAAUUCGUUGCAUAGGGCCGUCACCGAGGGGAUGAACCAUUUGACUUCGAUGACGAAGAACGUCGUGCAGAACAGGUCAAGCGCGACUCUGCAUCGACAAGACAGCAAGGACGAGGAGGCAAUUCCGCUCAGGCCCUUGACCAAUAUGUAUAACGGAGAUACUGACAAGAACAACUUCCAAGUUAUCGAUCUGCAGGGCGACCACACUGAGCUGAUGCCUCCGACGCCGCCGCCGCGACGCGUUCUUCUUGGUCUGGGGGGCGGUUGCAUGACGGCUACGCCAUCGCCUGUGCAACACGCACCCAGCUUUAGUCGCAUUGCAAGCGGCCUGAAACUUGCACAAGCACAAGCUAUGGCAGUUGCAGGCUUCUUGCCGGAGCCUUCCGACUGGCCCGGCGCGCUCCAGCCCUCGGACACGGAAGGGAACGCCCGGCAUGCGCGUUGCUCCCUUCUUAAUCACAGGGCUUCCUUCCAUGGCAGAGUUUCAGCAUCGGCCGAGCCGAACGGACACGUGGCAAUCGAGAGGCUGAGCCACUCACUGCCGGGAAGCCCCGCGGAUCGCAGACCUGCCUCCUUCGAGGUGGUCGGAUCCGCGGAGAGCCUGGUCGGACGGAUCCUGGCCGAGCAAGGUCUCGGCAAAUACUGCGACCCGGACUUCGUGCGGUACACGUCGCGCGAGAUGCAGGAAGCCCUAGACAUGACCCAGGAGGAAAUGGAUCGCGCGGCCCACCACCUGCUUCAGCAGGAGCGUCGCAAGCUCUCCCAGGCGCCGCCGCCCUUCGACGGCCUGCAGCCGCAGUUAUAGCAUCUCCAAACCCUCGGCCCAAACCAAACCCACGGCCAAAUAACCCUCGGCCAAGCCAUCUCGGUCUCCUAACCCUCCCAACAUUCUACCAAGUGCCUAAUACAUUUCUUCUGGUCCAAAGAAGACUAAAUAUAAUAAUAACGUGUAGUUUUUUAACCUGGUUUUUAUUUUAAGAAAGGAUUGUUUCUCCAGUUACAAAAUCCCAAUGUACAGGGUGUAAGAAAAAAAAAAUAUAU